AUGGGAUUUCGAACACUUCGAGGAGACUCCCUCGGGGUCGCUAUCAGCGGUGCCUCCAGCGCUGCCUUCCUGCUGUUUGGAUACGACAAUGGCGUCUUCGCAGGCAUCAUCAACGCGGAUUCCUUCCGUUCGCAAUUUGGAUAUCCCUCUUCCUCCAUGACCGGCACCAUCGUCGCUGUGUACAACCUGGGUUGUUUCCUCGGGUGUAUGAUUGCGUCUCAAUCUGGACGGAAAAUGGGUAGACGCCAAACGAUUAUCGUGUCGCAGUGGAUUUGUGUGUUGGGGACCAUCCUGCAGUGUACUGCGUUUACAAUUCCGCAUAUCAUCGUGGGGACCAUACCUAAAUGGGUCUCGGAGACGUGUAAAGCAAAUCGACGCGGUGCCCUCGUCGCAUUUCAACUGGCGAUCGUCAGUGGCGGGAUUCUCAUCGCCUACUGGCUCGACUACGGCAUGCUCUAUGCGACCGGACAGGUUGUCUGGCGCUUUCCCGUCGCGUUUCAGGCAAUCUUCUCGAUUGCCACCAUCGGAAUGGUCCACUUCCUACCCGAAUCUCCACGAUUGCUGUACGACAAGGGCCUGAUCACUGAAGGCGAUGAAGUACUGUGCCGCCUGAAGGAUCUACCGUUGGAACAUCCGGUUCUGCAGAAGGAGAGAGCGGAGAUCUUCGCAGCCAUUGAACUGGAGCACAACCAACCCAAGAUGACAUUGAAAAAACUGCUGUUCGAGGAAUCGGAGCUCAAGCUACUUCGCCGCGUCAUCAUCGGGGUUUCCUGCCAGUGUAUUCAGCAGCUAACCGGUAUUGCGGUUGUGAUCGGCUAUCUGCCUUAUGUCGCGCAUAACGAGAUCGGAUUGAGUGAAAAUCUGGCUCAGAUCAUGGGAGGAAUUGGAGCUAUCAUUUAUUUACUGGCUUCCUUUCCUCCGAUGUAUUUCGUCGAACGGUUUGGCCGUCGGAAGUGUCUGAUGGGUGGAUCAGCAGCCAUGACACUCUGUUGGUUCCUGUUGAUUAUUUUCCUCGCACAUGGCGAGAAGAAGAAUAACAAGGGACUAUUGUACGCGGGGAUCGUCAUGAUGUACAUCUAUCAGAUCGCCUUCGCCUUCAGCUGGCUGUCAGUGCCAUGGAUCUACCCCCCAGAACUCACCCCAUUAAACGUCCGCCACAUCGGUGCUGCAACGGCCACAUCCGCGGAAUGGCUCACAGCUUUCCUCGUGCAAGAAGUCACCCCUAUCGCCGUGACGAGCAUCGGAUGUAAAUACUACAUCGUAUUCACCUGCGUCUGUCUGGUAUCGAUUCCCAUCGUCUAUCUAUAUUUCCCGGAAACCAGUGGUAAAUCGUUGGAGGAGAUUGAUAUGAUCUUCUCGUCGGGGAGCUUGCAUCACCCGGGAAGCUUGGGGUCGAUGGACGAGAUAUUUAUCAGUAAUAAGAGAGAUAAGGAGGAGGAGGAGGAGAAGCCGACUGUGGAGAAGAUGGAG